AGGUCACUCUGUGUGAGUACUUCCUUUUAGUUGCCAACAGCGAGUGUUGAGGGGCAGUGAGUACAACUAGCUGAUAUAACAGCAGUAAACAGCGUAGGAGAAAAACGAUUAGUCAGAUAUCAGCAGUAUACUGUCUCGCACACAACUAAGUUUGGAUAUGGCUAAGAUUUGAAGUCAGAUGUGGACCAAGUGAAAGCCCUGCCAUCAGUCCCCAGCACAUCCAUGUGUAUAAUUUUCUUCAAGUUUGACCCCCGGCCUGCGUCCAAAAAUGCCUACAGGCUAAUUUUGGCUGCAAACAGAGAUGAGUUGUACAACAGGCCAUCCAAAGCUGCAGACUUCUGGGGGCCCAACAAUGAGAUCCUCAGUGGCCUGGACCUGGAAUGUGGCAAGGAAGGGGGGUCAUGGCUGGGGAUCAGUAAGAGAGGCAAGCUGGCCGCCAUCACCAACUUCAUGGAGGGACGUCCUAACCCUGAUGCACAAGGAAGAGGAUUUCUAGUGUCAAACUAUUUAACGGAUAAGGAUCAGGAUAGCUACUCCUACCUGAAGAAGGUGUCAACGGAAGGCCACCUGUACAAUGGGUUUAACCUCGUCACAGCAGAGUUCAGAGCUAAACAAGACAUUGUGUGUUACUAUGGAAACAGAGGCAGCCCUGAACCCAUCCAUCUAAAUCCAGCAGGAAUCUACGGCUUGAGUAAUUCACUACUGGAUACUCCGUGGAAGAAACUGUUGCAAGGCAAGCAACACUUCAGCAGUGUCAUCAGUGACCAGACGCUCUCCUGUGAUGGACUGGUGCAAGAGCUGCUCCGCGUCCUUAAUAAUGAGGAACUGAACACACCUGAUCCAAUUCAGGAGACUCAGGGUGAUGGUUACAGCAAGUACAUGAUCCAGGCUCUGUCGGCCGUAUGUGUUCGCUCCCCUUAUUAUGGAACAAGGACCAAUACGAUAAUCCUGAUAGAUGCAGAAGGGAACGUGACCUUCACAGAGCGCACCAUGCUUAACUGCGACACGAGCAAGUGGAGCACCAGUUCUUUCCAGUUCAAACUGCAGGAGUGAAGACGCAAUGGAGGAAACCUACUCUGUGCCUUUCUGCAUCACCUUUCCUUCCACCACCUCUUGCCCUGCCGCCUCCUUCAGUCGAACCUCGCCACACCAGUCAUGUGAACGUGAAGACUCAUCAGCACUUUUUUAAUUCAGCUAGUCACUAGCUGCCUCAUUAACAUCACUGAAAUAUAUUUCUUACUUUCGAUUUAAGUUAAAGAUGUAUGCUAAUUUAAAAAGAUUGCCAAAGGACAUUUAUAGUUUUGUAGAGGAAAAUAUUUUACCUACAUGUUACAAAACGUCUAAAAAAUUACAGAGUGCUUGUAAUCUGGUAACAAGAUUGGUGUGAUGCCAUUUUCUCUCAUGAACUCUAGACAUUGUUGGCCUUUCUUACAUGUAGCAAACAGCAACAGAAGAUCUGUGUCAGGCACAUUCUGAAUACUACUAAAUCAAUUUAAUGUGCAGCACGACUGAUUCUGACAUGAGUGUUCUUGAAUGCAGCUCCCCUGGAUAAUGUGUUGAAAAGCUCAGCUGCAGUGCAUCAAAACAUGCUCUUUGGGGUCUGAUUAAACCUUCCAUCCAUGAUAUACAUUUUAUGCACAAUUUCCAGGGUGUGGGUUAAAAUAGCAUCCUAUGAAAAACCAUAGGGUCACACUUUUCUUUUCUUUUCUUUUCUUUUUUUUUAGAGAAGGUGAUUUAAGUUCACAUGACUCAUCAUGAGGGUUAUUGGCUACUUUGUAAGUUUGUGAUUACCCUGUCAUUGGUGUUAAGGGAAUUAUGCAUCAGUCCUGCACAGCAUCAUGUGGUUUCAAUGCACUGUUGCACUGAAUGCACUGGAUUUCUGACUUCUUCCAUUGUGGAAUAUUGCAUUUUACAACAGCUUGACAAUAAAUAGUUUAUCCAAACACUCA